AAGAAUCAACUGUUUAUGAUGUUUUGGUCACCUGAUGAAUGUCAUUGGCUGAAAAGAAGAAAUGCUCCGCCUCUUUGCAAAUAUGUGGGAAGGGGGAAGUGUCUAAACUUCUAUGUCUGAUGGCAUUUGACAUUAUUGCUUUUAGCUUUCUGGCUAUAUAUCUACAUAUACACAGGUAUAUGUGUAUAUUUUAUACAAUCGCUCUCCAUUUGUUGAUACCAAAGAGAGUCGGAGGAAAUGAAUUUUGAAACGUCACGGUGUGCCACACUACAGUACUGCCCUGACCCUUACAUCCAGCGUUUUGUAGAAACGCCUGCCCAUUUCUCUUGGAAAGAAAGUUAUUACCGAUCUACCAUGUCCCAGAGCACGCAGACAAGUGAAUUCCUCAGUCCAGAGGUUUUCCAGCAUAUCUGGGACUUUCUGGAACAGCCUAUAUGUUCAGUUCAGCCCAUUGACUUGAACUUUGUGGACGAAGCAUCAGAAAAUGGUGCAACGAACAAGAUUGAGAUCAGCAUGGACUGUAUCCGCAUGCAAGACUCAGACCUCAGGGACCCCAUGUGGCCACAGUAUACGAACCUGGGGCUCCUGAACAGCAUGGACCAGCAGAUUCAAAACGGCUCCUCGUCCACCAGCCCCUACAAUACAGACCACGCGCAGAACAGCGUCACUGCGCCCUCGCCCUAUGCGCAGCCCAGCUCCACCUUCGACGCCCUGUCGCCGUCGCCUGCGAUCCCCUCCAACACCGACUACCCGGGUCCGCACAGCUUCGACGUGUCCUUCCAGCAGUCCAGCACUGCCAAGUCGGCCACCUGGACGUAUUCCACAGAACUGAAGAAGUUGUACUGCCAAAUUGCGAAGACAUGCCCCAUACAGAUCAAGGUGAUGACACCACCUCCUCAGGGAGCUGUUAUCCGCGCCAUGCCCGUCUACAAGAAAGCUGAGCACGUCACAGAAGUGGUGAAGCGAUGCCCCAACCAUGAACUAAGCCGUGAAUUCAAUGAGGGGCAGAUUGCCCCUCCCAGUCAUCUGAUUCGAGUAGAAGGGAACAGCCACGCCCAAUAUGUAGAAGACCCCAUCACAGGAAGACAGAGUGUGCUGGUGCCUUAUGAGCCACCUCAGGUUGGCACUGAAUUCACGACGGUCUUGUAUAAUUUCAUGUGUAACAGCAGUUGUGUCGGAGGGAUGAACCGCCGUCCAAUUUUAAUCAUCGUUACUCUGGAAACCAGAGAUGGGCAAGUCCUGGGCCGGCGUUGCUUUGAGGCCAGGAUCUGUGCUUGCCCAGGAAGAGAUAGGAAGGCAGACGAAGACAGCAUCAGAAAGCAGCAAGUUUCGGACAGCACAAAAAACGGUGAUGGUACGAAGCGCCCUUUUCGUCAGAAUACACAUGGCAUCCAGAUGACAUCCAUCAAGAAACGAAGAUCCCCAGAUGAUGAGCUGUUAUACUUGCCAGUGAGGGGUCGUGAGACUUACGAAAUGCUGUUAAAGAUCAAAGAGUCCCUGGAGCUCAUGCAGUACCUUCCACAGCACACAAUCGAAACAUACAGACAGCAGCAGCAGCAACAGCACCAGCACUUACUUCAAAAACAUCUCCUUUCAGCCUGCUUCAGGAAUGAGCUUGUGGAGCCCCGGAGAGAAGCUCCGAAACAAUCUGACGCCUUCUUUAGACAUUCCAACCCCCAAAACCGAUCGGUGUACCCAUAGGACCUGUCUCUGUAUUUUAAAUGUGUGUGUUUGUUGUGUUUCCAUGUGUGUAUGUGUGUGCGUGUGUGUAUGUGUGUGUUUGUGUAUCCAGCCCUUAAAAAUAGGACUUGAAGACAUUUUGACCCUGAGACCCAACUUCGCAAAGGCACACAGCCACUAGUGAGAAUCUUUUUUGAAGGGACUCAAAACGUUACAAGAAAGGACGAUCUCUGCAGACUGUGUACCCUUAGCUCCGGCGUGGGCGGGGUGUGGGAGAGGAACCACUGUGUACGUCUGCGUGCUUCUCUGUUGUUCCUGGGAAGGAGGGUGUCCCACGGGGAGAGGGACAUUAACAUGUGUAUCGGAACCCUUUUCUGUUACCUUCCUUUGUGUUUCUGAAACUCAUAACAAAGCUUUUGAGCAGGUCUCAAACUUAAAAUGUCUUUUUAAAAAAAGAGAGCGAGAAAAGUUGUUAUGGUCCAUGCAUAAGUAAAUUGUAAAUGACUGACAGACUCAGGCCCUUUGAAUGCUGGUCAUGCAAUCAGAUUGCGAGUAGCAACACACUAAGGUGUCAAAUACACUGCUGGGCAGAGUGGUAAGAACCCUAAGCAGCCAAUACUGGGGUGGGACGUUCUUGUCUUCUCUUUGAGAAACUUGCACCAUUAGUAAUCUGUCUUUGCUCCUCAUAUAUAUAUAGGUAAGAAGUAUAUUGAUGUAUCAGAUCCUAUCUCUGCCACCUUAAAUCAGCAUCUGAUAUGAUAGUUUUUCUGUAUGAAACCCUGGAGGUCCACCCCUAAAACUGUGUAGACCAGGAGACAGCUAAACUAGCUUUUUAAUUUUUAAUUGGAAGAUAAAUCCACCCUAGUCCUAUUGCUCCAGGUACUUUGCCAUUAUUCAGUGCCCAAAAUAGAGUUCAAAAUCUUCUCACCAACUCUGUGAUUAAUUUGUUUAAUUAGAGUUCCUGGCCCUCAAUCCUUCCUACCAUAAUACCAGCCAAAUUAUCAGUACUGUUCCAAAGCAUUUAUCCAGGAGACUUAACAUUUUAAGUACUGAUUAAACAGACACAUGGUAAAAUCAGUUCUUCUGGAGGAGAAAUUACAAGUAGAGACAGAGGAUGACUUUCUUUCUUCCUGGCUCAAAGAGAUGAGAGAAUUUGUUUUUGUCCAUCUUAAAAACACAUGUUAAAGUUAAAACACAAAGUUCAAUCCCACCCCUAUCUUUCCACACCAGGUAACCAGCACUUUGCUCUGUGUCACCCAGGGAAUGAUUUCUUGUUAUUGAGGCUGUUGCUUUAUGGAUGUGUGAUUUUAAUUUUCAAUAAACUUUUGCAUCUUGGUUUA